AUGAAUUAUUGUAAAUUAUUAAUUAUUUUAUAUCUUUUUAUUCAAAUUUAUUCAACAGAGAAUGAUAAUGAAGAAAACAAUGAAAUUUACAAUUUAGAUAUGGAUAAUUUUGAUGAAAUUAUAAAUGAUGAAGAAAAUUUCACAUUUUUGGUUGUAUAUACUCAUUGGUGCCAUUGGUCUAAUUUAUUAUUAGAAGAUUUAGAAAAAAUAUCAAAACUUUUAAAAUAUGUAAAUAAUAUAAGAAUAGCUAAAAUUAAUGCGGCUGUAAAUACUUCAAUAAUAGAAAAAUUAAAUAUAUAUGGAUAUCCAUCUUUAUUUUUGAUUAAGAGAAAUAACAUAAAUAGAUAUAAUGACAUGAGAAAUGUAAGAGGGAUAGUAUUAUGGAUAUAUGAACACCUAGAUGAAAGUGUAUUUGAAAUAGAUAGUAAAGAAAAAUUGAAUGCAUUCUUAGAACUAGAUGAAUAUAAUAACUCUAUUUUGUUUUUUGUAAGUAGAAACAAAAAAGAAGAUAAAAUAAUGAUCGAAUUAGUCAAAUUAUGUAUAUUAAUAGGGUAUACUUUUUGUUUUUAUAUGAAACAAGAAAAUAUAAUUGACUAUUUUGAAAAUACAAUAAUGUUGGAAAAAUAUCAUUUUGAUAAUAAAAAAUCUCAAAAUAAAGAUAUAUACACAGUUUUAUUUAAAAAUAAUGAUUUUGAUGAAUAUUUUUAUUUUUUAGAUGAAGAGUUAAAUAUAUUAUAUGACUCUGACUAUUCAAAAGAAGAAAAAAUAGAAGAAUUAAAAAAAUGUAUUUCAGAAAAAAUUGAACCUUUAGUUAUUAAAUUUUCUGAAUAUUAUUACUCUUUAUUAUUUUCCCAAAAUAAAGUUACUUUGUUUAUAUUAUAUAAUGAUAUAAAUCAGUUAAAUAAAUUAGAUAUUAUUAAAAGUGCAAAAAAAUAUAAAAAUAUUAUGUUUUCCAUAUCAGGUAAUAAAGAGGUUUUCGAAAAAAGAUUAUUAACUGAAUUGCUUAUAGACGAUUUAAAAAAGCCAGUAAUGAGAAUUAUAGAAUUCAAAAGAUCCAUACUAAUCCCAUAUAAAUAUAAACCUAUAAAUGAUGAUAUAGAAAUAAAUGAAAAGAAUAUUGAAGAGUUUAUAGAAGGAUAUAUAAAAGAUAAAAAAUAUUUUUAUAGAAAAAGCGAGAGACCAUUACCUGAUGAAUUUAAUAACGGAUAUGUAAAAAUAAUUGUUGCUGAUACAUAUGAUGAUUAUAUAUUUAAAAAUGAUAAAAAUGUUUUAGUAUUAUAUUAUGCACCUUGGUGUGGUCACUGUUAUAAAUUUGAACCCAUAUAUAGAGAAGUUGGAAGAAGAUUAAAAUUAUAUAGUUCUAAAUUUAAAGAUUAUGAAGAUGAUAUAAUUAUAAGUAAAAUAGAUGCAGUAAACAAUGAAAUAUACAAUAUAGCUAUAGAUGCAUAUCCAACUAUUUAUUUAUAUGUAAAAUCGAAUAAAAAUAAACCUAUUAAAUAUCUUGGAGCAAGAUCUGUCCAAAGUAUUGUUACAUGGAUUUGUGAAAUUACAAAUACAAAUUUAGAUAUACAAAAAUUACUUAGCUUAAAUUUGGAUGAGGAACAACUUUUUGAAAAUUAUGAAGAAUUGUGA